AUGAAACCGGCGAGAGAUCUGCUCGAGGAGGACAUCGUCAAGCUUGCGCGCGCCAAGAAUGUCAAGGAGGGGAAGUGGAUGCUCUUUCCCUCGCCUAAGCAUGUGGAUGGGGUGUGGGCUAAAGUUGCGAGGGCGACGUGGGAGGGGGAGCUGGGGGUGGGUGCUAAGGUUGCGACGAAGAAUGAGGAUGAUGAUGACGAGAGGUCGGAGAAGAGUCGGUUGGUCUGUGUGUAUACGCGGGAUGUUGAGGAUCGCGUGGAUGUGGAGAGGGUGCUACAGAAGCUGGUGGGGAUGGGGUUGGUGGGUGGUGAGCAGGGCAUCUUUUAUAAAUGUGAUGCUUACACGUAUCUGGAUGUUAUGGGUGGGAAUGAGUGGAAGUUGAAGGCGAGCAUGUAUGGGAGUAGGGAGAUGUUGAAGAAGGGAUGA